CCACCACCACCCUUACACCUCAACCAGCAGGCUUUAAUGAAAAUUAUCCAUAAUGGGAGGAGGAUUGGAGCCUACAUUUUUCCACAUGUUUGGCCGAUUGUGCUCAGAUCCCUUUGUGCUCCGGCCUUACGCAAGAGAGSUUCAAAAGAAUAGAUGAGGAGGUGUUCCCAGACUUUUAACCCACAACUUGCAACAUAACAGAAUCCCAGUUAGAAGUCAACAGACAGUGACACAGGAGCUGGAUCUUUAAGGAGGCCCCAAGACGACCUGCUGACCUACAAAUCUGCGUAAAACACCUGGGGAAUCAGAGCAGCCACCUGAGAGGMGUCGAAGCUCUGCUGCGAGCCGACAAACACCAAUAAACUCAAGACUCCCGGACGACUCCAGAGAGCUCACAGGCCGUUGCAGAGGCACCGCCAAAACUCAAAAUACAAACUUGUUCCUUUUUUUCCUGCUUCUUAUUUCUUUUUACACCAUUUCAAUGUCUGAGGUUUUUGUGGAGUUUCACCUUUUUUUAAUCUUCCUGGCUAAUUUGGACACUUGAAAAUUUUGCCUCCUGAAACACAAUUAGUAGAAACCAAUGAGGCAAUUCCUCCGAGGAGCACAAAUACCUCAUCCAGAAGUUUUUGCUGAUCCCGCGACAUAGGUCAAACAUCUCGUCAUUAAAGUAGAAGGCUCACGUUUCACGUCUCUUCCCUCCCCCCCACCCUCUUGCCCUGUGCAAGGGUCAUACUCUGGUUCCCAGCUGGGAAAGUAAAUGGAAAGUCUCAGUCCACACAUCCCAACAAACAAAAGCGUCAUGGAAGUCGAUUCAUUCUCCCCCUACAACGACAGCCUCCCUUCCCCCAUCCCUGAAGGAGGCGCUCGGAUCGGCCGCCAGCCUAAAGGAGCCAAACCCACCGUCACGUCCCGCCGCAAGCGUGAGUUCAUCUCCGACGAGAAGAAGGACGCCUCUUACUGGGAGAAGCGGAGGAAGAACAACGAGGCGGCCAAGCGCUCGAGGGAAAAGCGUCGCCUCAACGACAUGGUGUUGGAGAACCGCGUCAUGGCUCUGAACGAGGAGAACGUUCGCCUGAAGACGGAGCUCCUUCAGCUCAAGCUGCGCUUUGGCCUCAUCAGCGCCUCCUCCUACGUGGAGAAAAGCCAGCAGAUCUCCAACAGCGCUGCAGAGGGCAACGCUGGUGGCAACGGGAGCGCCGGCGGCACCCCGAACAGCAACACCUACCUCUCCAGCAGCGGGUACUCCAGCGCCUCCCAGGUGAUGCUGAACUCGGACUCGUCUGAAACCGAGCAGUCCAGCCGGGGCGACCGCCACGCAGCGCUCCACAAGUACUCUCCUCUGGGCUCCAUGUCCGACAUGUCUGACGGCUCCUCCAGAGACAGCCCCGAGCCCAUCGGCUACAGCAUCAAGAAGGAGCCCUCCAGCAUGGAGCUGGAAACCAGCAGGAUUCCCAAUGGAGUACCAGGUGGCACUUAUCAUGGCAGCCACCCCGCUCUGGUUUCAUCUCACCAGCAAAACGCCCCRUUGGCUGAAAGCGCCAGGGACUACCAGCAUCAGCAGCAGGAGAACCCCUGUCCUGCUCCUCAGGCCACAUCUGCACAAAGGAGCGUCAUCCUGUACCAGUCCAGCAGCGGAUGUUACCCCAUGGAGACCCAGAGACCGGACGACCAGCAGUCCCAGCAAGGCAGACCGCCACAGUACGCCUGCAAGUACUCCGACUGCUCGGUGACCAUCACCGAGGUCGCCGAGAAGCUAGAGAGGACKAAAACMAUCGACUCGCCCCAGUAUGACUACGCCAACGAUCAGGCCGAGUCCUCGGAGGAGCUGCAGCAGGAGUACGAUCAGAACCAACCGGACAGUGUCCAUUACUGCAGCUACCAGGUGCAGGAGAGCGAUCUUCAGCACUCCGAGAGCCUCCAGAACUCGUUUGCCCCAGAUCUUAUCCACAGUGAGGAAGGCAAGUCCUUCAUACAGCACAACGGAUACCUCAACACACUGGAUGAAGAGCCCCCGGUGCUCACCUACGAGGGAGACCCCCGAGCCGACGGCUUCUAUCAGGAGAGCUCCUCCACUAAAGACACCUCCUCGAGCGACGGGGACCCCCGGAGCUCCGAUAAGGAGGGGUCCACGGAUGACGAAUCCCCCUCCUCAUCCUCCUCGGACAUCAGCAGCUACCACCAGAAGACCGAGGGGGCCGCCGGCUUCCAUGGCGACUUCCAAACCGAGGUCAAGGCCACCGCGCUGCCCCACAAGCUCCGCCUCAAGUACAGGGCUCUGUCCAACGGAGCUCAGGCCGAGGGUCCGGUCAACAACUCCAUGUCCCCUUCCCCGACUCUGCCCCAGCACCCGUACUUAGCCCUGCCCACCAACCCUCACGCCGGCCAGGCCAGCGGAGAGAACAGGGAGGCUGCCGAGUACGAGGAGGAGCUCGAGGCUCAGAUGAAGGAGAGGGCAGACGCUAAAACGGACGGAGGGAAAAAAGGAUCCAGCGGCGCCAGGGGUGGACGCAAUAAGAGGCGGGAUUAGAGACAAACACGAGCAGCUYGAACGCUUUCCCAUCACCUCUGCAUCACCUGCAGAGGAGGGACUCUUUAAAGUCUGUGUGAGGUCCAUUUAGCACUGUUUGAAAACAUCUAGAUGUGUCUAUCACUGUCCAAACUCUCCAUGCUUCAAGUCAAACUGGAGGCAUGUUCUGUUGAAUUCAGGAGGAAAAAACCUCUGAUUCACGGAUAAAAACUGCACUUCUCAGGCGAGAGGAUUGCAGCAAUAAUCAGAGGCUUUGAGUCAGAUUCAGCAGAACAAGGGUCUUCCUGGUUGUGGCGUGUUUUUCUCAUUGUGAACCAGGGAGGAUUUGACAAAUCCAGACAUGUUUUCAUUCAGAUUUCACCACUGAGACUCACUGUGUCACCUGUAACUCUUCACUGUCUCCCACUGAUUCCUCCAAUCAAAACAGAUCAAUGAGGGAUGGAAUAAACUCCACAGUUUAGGAAAUCCCCCUAAAAAAAUCCAUAAUUCAUUAUUGUAAAUUGCCUUAGUGUCUGGCCAGUUUUUCUUGUGGCAUUAUGGGAGCAUUCCUUUUACCAAAGACACACAUUUUUCCUUUACAUUUAGUUUUUCCCCCCAUUCUUCCUCUACACUAAACCRUAAACACACAAGUCCUCUUCACUCCCAAAGCACUUAGAUUGUAUAUUACUGUGAAAUAUAAAUUUGCAUAUAUGGAAUAUAUAUAUUUUGAGAAAAAAUGCAGCAAAAACAAAACAAAAAAAAAAAAGAAUGAAAGAAGUGGGAAGUAAAAGUUGUAGUUUUACAAUCCCAAUUCUGAAAAAGCUGAGCUGUUGUGUAAAAUGUAAAUAAAACCAAGAUACAAUGGUUUUCAGAUGUUUUAAACUCAUAUUUUAUUCACAAUAAAACAGCAAACAUAUCAAAUAGUUAUGUUACUUUUAGGAAAAAAUAAGAAUUUUGAUUUUAUUGCAGCAACUCAUUCAAAAAAGUUAAUAUUUAGUUUUUUCCUGUUUCCUACUUCAUAGUUUAACUUUUAAURUGUUUACUGUGUGAAAUGUGAGUUUAUGAAAUUUGCAAAUCAUUUUGAUAUUUUUAUUUAACUUGUACACAACAUCCCAGCUUUUUCCAGAAUUGGGGUGAUACAAGUGAGUGUUGUUUUUUAAAAAAAACACCUUGUACAGUUCCUCCAUGUCUAGAAACAUGCCUCAAAAGUUUGUUUUUCUUCUUUUCACUAAAACUGUGAGCCACUACAUGUAAAGAAAAGACACAAAAGAUAAAAGGUUUCUCAAAUUACUGGUUCAGACCGAGGUCGUUGUUGACGCUCAGCGGUCGAGGCCGGUUAUGCACAUAUCAUAGCACAAGCCUUUCUUUUUUUUCAUUUGACAAAAUAAAAGCGUCUUGAUUUUAAGACAAUAAAGUGUCUCUCUAGUUGCAACCAGCAAAGCUGCUCCCUUUUUUUAAGGUGCCUCUUUAUUGUGUUGUUUCUCGUCCCCACGUUGGCCGACGUCGUACUGACCACUCUCACCUCUGCACUGAUUUGUUUCAGCAACAAUAGCUGCAGGAGAUUUUUACAGUAUUUAAAACUGUUUUACUUCCUGGUGCCUGCCUCCGGCCACUAUGUAUAAAUGUAAAAUUGUCUAUCUCUUGUAUACUACUGUCUUUAUUUUAUUAUUAUUAUUAUUAUUUCACCAAUAUUAUUUUCUGUUAUAUUCAGUUUUGUGUUUUGUUUUUUUUUGUCACUGACUCGUCUCAUUUAUGCUCCGUGCUCUUCCUGGUUGUGCUGUGUGUUUACUAAUGCUAUCCUUUGCCCCGUUUGUAUUCUGUGUUACUGUAUAAAGUUUGUCUUUUGCCGAAAGGCUUUCUGAAAAUUGAAAAAAAAAAAAAAAGUAAACACAGCUUGUUUAGGAGUAAUUCUGUACUGGUAAAGAUUAUGUUGACUUGCGAAAGGCUGUAAGAAAACACAAUUUGAAAUUGUGAAAGAGUCAAAAAUGGGGAAAACAUUAAAAGUUGUUGAAUAUA